GGAGGCCGAACGGAGACUCCGGCCAUGGCCACCACCAGCACCACGGGCUCCACCCUGCUGCAGCCCCUGAGCAACGCCUUGCAGCUGCCCAUAGACCAGGUCAACUUUGUAGUGUGCCAACUGUUUGCUUUGCUAGCAGCCAUUUGGUUUCGAACUUAUCUACAUUCAAGCAAAACUAGCUCUUUUGUACGACAUGUAGUUGCUACCCUUUUGGGCCUUUAUCUUGCAUUUUUUUGCUUUGGAUGGUAUGCCUUACAUUUUCUUGUACAAAGUGGAAUUUCCUACUGUAUCAUGAUCAUAAUAGGAAUGGAAAACAUGCACACAUGCUGUUUUGUGUUUGCUUUGGGAUACCUCACAAUGUGCCAAAUUUCUAGAGUAUAUAUCUUUGAUUAUGGACAAUAUUCUGCUGAUUUUUCAGGCCCAAUGAUGGUAAUUACGCAGAAGAUCACUAGUUUGGCUUACGAAAUUCAUGAUGGGAUGUUUCGAAAGGAUGAAGAACUAACACCAUCACAGAGAGCUUUAGCUGUAAGGCGCAUGCCAAGCCUUUUGGAGUAUUUAAGUUACAACUGUAACUUCAUGGGUAUCCUGGCGGGCCCACUCUGCUCUUACAAAGACUACAUUACUUUCAUUGAAGGCAGAUCAUACCAGGUGUCAAAAACAAGUGAAGAUGGAAAAAAAGAAGCACAGGAUGAAAGAACAGAGCCAUCUCCAAAUGUGGCAGUCAUUGAGAAGCUAAAAAUCUGUGGACUUGCCUUGUUAUUCCAUUUGGCUCUUUCUAAAAUAUUUUCUGUGGAGUAUAACAUUGAUGAGCAUUUUCAGGCUACAGCUUCAUGGCCAUCAAAAGUUAUCUACCUGUAUCUCUCUCUUUUGUCUGCCAGACCCAAAUACUACUUUGCAUGGACAUUAGCUGAUGCCAUUAAUAAUGCUGCAGGAUUUGGUUUUAGUGGAUAUGACAAAAAUGGAGCACCUCGUUGGGACUUAAUUUCCAAUUUGAGAAUUCCACAAAUAGAGAUGUCAACGAGUUUCAAGAUGUUUCUUGAUAAUUGGAAUAUUCAGACAGCUCUUUGGCUCAAAAGGGUGUGUUAUGAGCGUGCCUCCAUCAGUCCAACUAUCCAGACAUUCUUUCUUUCUGCCCUUUGGCAUGGGGUAUACCCAGGAUAUUAUCUAACAUUUCUAUCAGGGGUGUUAAUGACAUUAGCAGCACGAGCUAUAAGAAAUAACAUUAGACAUUAUUUCAUCAAAUCUCCUCAACUUAAAUUUUUUUAUGAUGUUGUAACAUGGAUGGCAACACAAAUAGCAAUAAGUUACAUAGUUGUGCCAUUUGUACUUCUUUCUAUAAAACCAUCGUUCAUGUUUUACAGCUCCUGGUAUUUUUGCCUUCACAUUGCUGCUAUCUUAGUACUAUUGUUGUUGCCUGUGAAAAAAACUCUUAAAAGAAAGAAUACACAUGAAAAUAUUCAGCUCUCACAAUCGAAAAAAGAUGAUGAACAAGGAAAUUCUUUGGGACAUAAUAGUUUUUCCACAACAAACAAUGUUUGCAGUCAGAAUCAAGAAAUAACCUCCAGACAUUCGUCACUAAAGCAAUGAUGGAAGAAUGCCUGAUGGCCAUCUUUUCUAGGUUAACAGAAACCAAUCUUAGCACCUUUCAAAGGGUUUGUGUUUGUUGGAAAAGAGAUAUAGUGGGGAGGGUGGGAAAUUGGACAUUUAUAUAUAUAUCAGAUUGGAAAUGGAGUGAAAUAACCCCUCCCAUGCCAUGUUUCUGUAGGCAACGCCUUAUACAAAAGUAUCUCCAUUAUUUCAAUGGGCACUCAGGACCUCAGCAUAUGUCCAUAGGGUCAUAUAUGUGCCCUGUUGCUGAAUGUAUGUUGCGUAUCAUAAGGCACUGAAAAGAGGUAGAAAAUAAUUGUGUCAAUCUGGAAAAUUUUGAGAAAAUACCUUUUCCAAAUAAAUGUUUUGCCUUAAACUCUCUAUUUCCUAAAAUAUUGUUCCUAAAUUGUGUUUUCCCGUGUAAUGUUGUGAGAAGUCAUAUUUGACAUGUUUGGUACUGUAUGUUGUAAAGGAAUCUAAGAAGAAUUUAAAAGAGGAUAUUUAAGAUUGUGGAUACUUAAAAAUGCAAUAAACAUCUCAGUAUUUGAAGACUAGUCUUAAAGGUCUUAAAUGAUGACAGAACAUAGUGAAAGUGUAAACAUUAAGAGAUGCCAAAUUAUAGGUAGAUUGUUUUGACGCAGAGCUUAAUUACCUGGUGUGUCAGUUAGAAAG